UAUUUGUGGCUUGAUCGUGUCAUAACCUGACACAGCUAUGGCGGUGAUUUUAAUGUAGAGAUCUCCUACGUACACAAUGGAUCCUUCUUUUAGACCUGCCCAAGUGUAUGCUGGCAUCAAAACAAUCAACAAAUUGCAGAAUGACAUACCAGAAGAUGGAGGCAAAAUUAUUACUGCUCGUGAUAGACAGAUACAGGUUACCGGGGUUGGUGAAGUUUCGGUUCCCCCCGAUCGUUUCUCCAUAACAAUCAAAGUAUCAUCCUUAAAGAAUAGUGCAGAUGAUGCCAAAAACAGUGUGAAAAGACGGUUAGACUACAUACAACAAACACUUGAAAAUCAUCAUGUUAAGGAUUCUGAUAUUCAGCAGUACAAGCACAUGAAGCGUGUUGAAUCCAAGGUUGUCUUUGAUGCAGAACUGCAUGUAGAGUUUUCGGAUCUUCAGCUCUGCCAGGCAGUGGCCAACCUUUUAGUGGAAAAGCUGGACAGCAAUGUUUCAGUCAGUCUUCCAGAAUGUUUCCACUCAAAGAGUAGUCUACAAAUUGCCAGGAAGAAAUGUGCCCUGCUGGCAAUUCAUAAUGCUAAAGAGAAAGCCAAGGAAAUGGCCAGAUUUGUCCACCUCAUAGUGGGGCGUCCGCUUAGCAUCAGUGAAACAGAUACAAAAGAGAACGAGAAUGACAAGACAGAGGAAGCACUGGAGUUGGACCACUUCCUGGCCAUCCAAAACAAGCUGGAAAGUGCUACAAUUAACAUCAGCAGCCGUGUGAUAAUGUGCUUUGAGUUAAAGUCAAAAGGGAAACUUAAGCCAAAAUUCUAGAUUGGUUUGUUAUUAAGAGGAAAGAUAUUUAUUUGUUUAUGGGCUUAGUAAUCAGUUGCUUACUUCUCAUAGGUUGUAGAUAUUGGUAUCAAGAAGCUCAUAAAAAGAGGUCAUUUCUGGAGGGAAUAUUGAUUUAAUUUCAUAAAUGUUAAUAAGAUUUGUCAACCAGGCAUAUGCAAAGCAAAAGUGUGGUCCAGCUGGAGUUACCAAGAUGAUAAAUGGUGGGUCAUGGAUUCAGAUCUUGCUUUUUAGGCAAUUUUUGUCCUGAUAUGAUAAUUAUUUACACUUCUUGAUGAGCAUACUGUGAUAUUAGUUAUUAAAUUGUAGACUAUGAGUUUUCACAAACCAUAAAAGUGCCACACAAAGGUAAAGUAUCUUACUGAGCAAUGUUAAAUUAUAUAUUGGAAAUUUUACAGGAGUUCUUGUAUGGUGGAUGUAUUUGUAUGGUGGAUGACAUUUCUGCUGUUUAAUGCUGGACUGUGUACAGAACAGAAAAAAGUCAGUGUUUUCCUGCCUAGGAUACCUGCAAAAAAAUAGGGUUCAGGAAAGAAUGCUACUGAAAAAGAGAUAGACACUACCCUCAAAAAAAAAAAAACAACACAGAAUGAAGGCUCUUGACGACUCAUUUCCCAUAAUGGCCAUAAAGAUUAGACUAUUUCCUUCUUGUAAACCAAAAAUUUUACAUCUGCUUGCUGUAGGGAAUCAUACCCUUUGUGAAUGCUGUGUAAAUGCCACAGUCAAAUGCCAACAAUUUGGUUUAUAAUGAAAAAAAUCUCAACCCCAUUAAAGGGACAUAUCCAAAGGUCCUGCUUUUAUUUGUGUUGUACGAGGACAGAAGAAUGAUAAUAUUUGUGGGUUUUCCCCUCUUAUAUUAAAAAAGUUGAACCAUCCAUAUCCAUCUCUAAAGCUCAUCUUGUAUAUCACACUGCUAUAUUAAGGGCCAAUUGUAUGUUUUGGCUAAUAAUCGCUGCACAUUUUAGGUGGACUCCUUGAGCAAAUUACAAGACUUUCCAGAGGCAAAGCGUGUGGAUUUCAUGUUGCGCCUCUAUCCCACUUACCAGCGAAUAACUCGCUUAUUAAGCGCAAAAUGUCGGCUUUCACAUCGGAAUUAUCAGCGAAUAAGUCGGCCCUAUUGCGUGGUAUGUUAUGGGCAGGGGUGACCCACCUUUAAACGGCUAUUAAGCGCAGAAAAAUGGCGACUGUAGUAGCUGUGCUCUUGCUAAACAGGCGAAAUCUUUGUCGAAACAGAAUAUUAAGGGACAAUUAUAUCGUUACAAUGAUGUAGAAGUGUACAAGAAAUUUAGAUUUCGUGGAGUUGAUAAAAUGUCUACUGUGUAGGAGGUAAGAGGUGAAUUGGAAAAUGUCGAAUCGAGGGAACAACGUUUCCUCAAGCAUACGAGUAUGCGUUGCACUUCGCAACGGGAUCAUUUUUAUGUGUGUGUGCGCGGCGAUUUGGUCGGAGUUUCCGAAGAGAAAUGUCACAAGGUUAGAAGAGUGACUAAAGCGCUACUUUACGACAUGCUCGACGAUGGCUCGUCUUUCCCGUCCAGCGAGAGGUCGACAGAAAGGCAAGUUCUAUGCCAGCGGUGGUUUUUCCUGAGUGUUGUUGGAUGCAACGACGGGACGCUGAUUUUUUUCCUAAACGUCCCAGUGAAGGGAAAAACUUCGGAAGCGUGACGGUCUCUUUGAGGCAAUCCAGGGUCACAUGAGUAACAUUGAUACUACACUAGAAAUAGUGCAUUUAUACACUUUUCGGGCUCAGUCCCUUCUUCUACAGACCCUUUUACACGUCAGAGAUU